CUUAAAAUUGAAUUUGAAUCCAAAUGGUACACAUCUUAUUUAAUUCUGCCAGGGUAUGUAAACAUAUGUGUACAACUGUAUAGAAUUUUGUUCAAUUCAUGUUAAAAAUUUAUUUCAUGAAAAAAGAAGACGUGAUAAAGUAAGGAACAUUUUAAAUGUUGGUACCAAUUUAAAGAACUCAUCCAUUUAGUAUGGAACAUAGACGCAUUUUGUUUGUUUUAGUGGGCCACAGAAAAUGAAGCUGAGGGCAGGAUCUGGUCCCUGGGAGGAUUUCAGUUUGAGACAUACAGUAUACUGUACACAUGAAAUCUAUUGUCGGUGUUGGGUGGAAACUUCGUAUGUCCAAAUAUUGUCAACGUCACAUUUUUCACAGAUCGAUACUAUUGAUCUGUCCCCACGUAGUCUUCUUAAUUUUAUGCAUCAUUAACCAAUUUAAAGAUUGAGAACAAUAACUCUUGAACGUUUGUCUGAGAAGUAUUGUAUAACUGCCUCUUCCCACACGCUGCAGUCGCUGUGUGGCAUUAUGCCACCUCAUAAAUGCUUUUUGUCUCAAACAGGAGGGCAUUUUUUUUAUUUCCUGGAAAGUAGUAGAAUUGGAGAUGCGAAUAUUCCACCCAACAGUGACCCUAUGAAAGUAAAUAAGUCCCUCACAUUAUUCCAAAAAAAUUGAUCAGAACUAAUUACUCACAGUGCCUCUUAUUCAUUAACAGCUACUAUAUCAAGGACUGUGACUUGUAUGCAACCAAAACCAGACAUACAGCUUUGAAAAUUGUGUUUUACGUCCAUGGUAGGAGCUGCAGAGAGAAAAAGGAUCCCCAUGCAAGGUGUUGUUGUUUUGCCAAGCAAGGACCCAAUGAAUUUGUGUUGACAGCAUUCAUGAUCCAGUGGGUCUUUCCAGCAAUCUCCUUGUUCCAUUUCAGUGAGUAAAGGAGGACAAGGGUCAUCAAGAAAGAUGUUCUUUGUGGCCGGGGCCAAAAAUACAGCAUCAAGUGGCGUAAAUGAAAGGAGGUUAAUUUAUCAGAAAUUCCGUGAGGUAGAUUUACUGGACAAGAAAAAGACAGUGACAGCGCUCAAGCCCGGUGAAGAUCGAGCUAUUCUCCUGGGUCUUGGAAUGAUCCUCUCCUCCGUCAUGAUGUACUUUGUGCUUGGGAUCACUAUAUUACGCUCAUAUGCAGAAAGUGCGUGGACAGAAGAGGGUCUGUGUAUUGUUCUCAACUCCACCAUCACAGCAGACAUUAACUGUUCCUACAACUGUGGCUCAGACUGCUGGAGAGUCUCCAAAUACCCCUGUCUGCAGGUCUAUGUGAACGUCAAUAACACAGGCCGCAUCAGUCGAUUAUCUCACAAUGAAGAGACACAGGAUGCCAGCUUGGAAUGUUUCUAUGUGCCGAGAUGCCAGAAGGACAGCGCCCAAAUGUACACCAUGAUCAUGAACAUCUCUGAGCGUCUGAAGGCCAACCAGCAGGUUCCCUGCUACUAUGACCCCAGCGAGCAGCAGGAGACAGUUCUUCUGACUCGGCUCUACGACCACAGCGUCGUCUUCCACUCGCUGAUGUGGCCCUCGUGCAUGUUUGUUGGAGGGGCCCUCAUAAUUGUGAUGGUCAAACUCACACAGUACCUCUCCAGGUUGUGCGUAGAAAUCGGGAAGAUCAAGAGGUGAAGCGGUUUUCAAAGCUACCUGACAUCAAAAGCAAAGGGACACUUUUAACCAAAUGACCAUUCUGGGACCUGUUGCAUUUGAGGUAGCUGACUCGCUCAAGAUUGAGGAUGCGACUGAAUGAAUGUUUCCAAAGAGGAAAGCGCCAGUGGGUCAUAAUAACACUAUAAACAUGACUAUUUAGAAACUGUUUACAUGUUUUCUACCUGCAAUGUGAAAUAAAUUUGCAUUAGAGGGACAAUACAAGCUUAUCUACAAUAUAUACAAGAUUCUGUUUUUUUUUUCACAAGAGAAAUGUUAUUUUGACACCUUUCUCAAACUUCUGUGUUUCUGAAUCAUGUGCCCUCCAUUAUACCAGUGACCAAAACAAACAGUAGGUCCCUCCAGUCUUUCAUAACAUGAGGAACACCAUUUUAUUACUUUCCACUUCUGUUUUAUUUAAAAUGCUAUGCAUUUUCUCUUAGAACGAAAUUCCUUUUUGUAUGCAGCGUUAUAAUGUCAGCUGGAAUGAUAAAUACUUGAAUAGUUUCAGAGGACAAGGGGGGGUCCAGAUUUAUUGUAAAAAAAAAAUUCUAGGUUUCUC